AUGCCUCAAGCAACAGUCUCCAUUGAGGCAGGUUUCGGCCUACACCAAUAUCCCAGAAUAGAUCCCACGAUGGGCCUUCCGGAAACAAGCACCAAUGUCGCGAAGCUUGUUUCUGAGGAGGCUUCUGCCUUAGGUGGUCUGCCAAUACGAGAGGAGGAUUACAUUAUGCAUAGGCGGUGGCGGAUUACACGUUGCUGUCAAUACUCUCGUGGCAAGAUGCACUUCGCUGUGUCAGCACUUUCCACCAAUCAACAGAUUGAACAUGGUCACCUCAGUGCGUACGGACUAUACGGCCGCACGAGCGAUAUGACGAAUCAAUUUCAAACUGGUCCCGAAGACCAGUCUUGA